GACACUGCCACCCACAGCCUCCGGGAGCUCACUGCAGCGCACACGCGGCGACUCGGUGGCGGCGGAGGAGAGCUCCGUCCGGGCCCUGGGGGUAGCCGAGGGCAGGAGCAGAAAAGGAACCAUGUCCCCAGGCUGCCCACGCCUCUGGGUCCUGGUGGUCCUGGGCUCCAGCUGGGCGGGCGCGGGGCGCACGGGGGCUGAGGCCGCGCGGCUAAGGGAGUUCUAUGUGGCGGCUCAGGGCAUCCGCUGGAGCUACCACCCUGAGCCGGCAGAGCACAGUUUGAACCCUUCUGCAACCUCCUUCAAGAAGAUUGUCUACAGAGAGUAUGAAGCAUAUUUUGAGAAAGAAAAACCACGAUCGAGAACUUCGGGACUCCUUGGGCCUACUUUAUAUGCUGAAGUUGGAGACAUCAUGAGAGUGCACUUUAAAAACAAGGCAGACAAGCCCUUAAGCAUCCACCCUCAAGGAAUCAAGUACAGUAAAUUCUCAGAAGGUGCUUCCUACGAGGACCACACGUUUCCUGUGGAGAAGAUGGACGACGCUGUAGCUCCGGGCCAUGAGUACACCUAUGAGUGGACCAUCCGUGAGGACAGUGGGCCCACCCGCGAUGACCCGCCGUGCCUCACGUACAUCUACUACUCCUACGACAACCUGAUACAGGACUUCAACUCCGGGCUGAUCGGCCCUCUGCUUAUCUGCAAGAAAGGCACCCUAGGUGAGGGCGGCAUUCAGAAGAUGUUUGACAAGCAGCACGUGCUGAUGUUCGCCGUGUUUGACGAAAGCAAGAGCUGGAGCCGGUCGCCGUCCGUCAUGUACACGGUCAACGGCUAUGUGAACGGGACCAUGCCAGAUAUAACUGUCUGUGCCAGCGACCAAGUCAGCUGGCAUCUGAUUGGAAUGAGCUCCGGACCGGAGCUGUUCUCCAUUCACUUCAACGGCCAGGUGCUGGAGCACAACCGGCAUAAGAUCUCGGCCUUGACACUCGUCAGUGCGACGUCCACCACUGCCAACAUGACCAUGGGCCCCGGGGGGAAGUGGAUCGUCUCCUCUCUCACCCCUACUCACAUGCAAGCGGGCAUGCAGGCUUCUGUGGACAUCCGAGACUGCCCCAAGAAGACCAGGAGCUCUAAGAUGCUGACGCGGGAGCAGCGGCGGCACAUGAAGAGGUGGGAGUACUUCAUCGCUGCGGAGGAAGUCAUCUGGGACUACGCGCCUGUCAUACCAGUGAACAUGGACAAAAAAUACAGGUCUCUGCAUUUGGAUAAUUUCUCGAACCAAAUUGGAAAACAUUACAAGAAGGUUGUCUACAAACAGUACCAAGAUGAGUCCUUCACCAAACGCCUGGAGGACUCUAACAACAAAAACGACGGCAUCCUGGGCCCUGUCAUCAGAGCCCAGGUCAGGGACACGCUCAAAAUCGUGUUCAAAAACAUGGCCAGCCGCCCCUACAGCAUUUACCCUCACGGAGUGACCUUCUCCCCUGUUGAAGAGGAAACCAACUCUUCUUCCACUGAAGGCGGCAACCCCAUGGUCAAAGCGGUUCAGCCAGGGGAGACCUACACUUACAAGUGGAAUAUCCUGGAGUCCGACGAGCCCACAGAAAACGACGCCCAGUGCCUGACGAGGCCGUACUACAGUGCCGUGGACGUCACCAGGGACCUCGCCUCGGGGCUGAUAGGGCUGCUUCUGAUCUGUAAGAGCAGGUCCCUGGACAAGCGAGGCAUACAGCGGGCGGCGGACAUCGAGCAGCAGGCCGUGUUCGCCGUGUUCGACGAGAACCGGAGCUGGUACAUCGAGGACAACAUCAACAAGUUCUGCGCGAGCCCCGAGAAGGUGGACCGGGCCAACCCCAAGUUUUACGAGUCCAACAUCAUGAGCACCAUCAACGGCUACGUGCCCGAGAGCAUAUCCACGCUGGGCUUCUGCUUUGACGACACCGUCCAGUGGCACUUCUGCAGCGUGGGGACCCAGGAUGACGUUCUGACCGUCCACUUCACCGGGCACUCCUUCGUCUACGGCAAGAGGCAUGAGGACACUCUGGCCCUCUUUCCCAUGAGCGGGGAGUCUGUGACCGUCACGAUGGAUAACGUAGGAACCUGGAUGUUAACCACCAUGAAUUCUAAUCCAAGAAGCAGAAACCUGAGGCUGAGAUUCAGGGACGUGAAGUGUAUCUGGGAUGACAGCGAAGAUGACUAUGUCAUAUACGAACCUCCGUCUGCAUCCAUGACGACACGGAAAAUGCGCGACUUUCCAGAAGACCGUGGGGCGGACGAGGACGCUGACUAUGAUGAACAGGACAGACUGGCUUUAGAACUGGGACUGAGGUCAUUCAGGAACGCACCCCUGAAUCCACAGGGGGACGAGUUCAAUCUCACUGCCCUGGCCCUGGACAACAGCUCUGAACUCGCGCCUCCAAGUACUGCUAUGGCUGUUGGUCCAAAUUCUUCUUCCCCGAGUAACAAGAGCGGGCUCGUGGCCAGUCCCUUUGCAGAAGCUCACGAAACCCUUCCUCACCCCGAAACCACCACAGCCGGCCCCCCCAUGGGACGCAGCUCAGAAAAGACCGCAGAUCGCAACCCUCCCGCAGCAGAGCGCUCCAGCCCCUACUCUGAAGACCCUCGGGAGGACCCUGUACAGUCGAUUGUCACGGAGAUAAGCCUCCUUCCGCCUGGGGCAGAAGGACUGACAGGUCAAGGACACGCUACAAGCAACGGAUUCCAGGCAGGAAGAGACGGACAGGCCGGGCACAAGUUCUCCCAGAUGGAAUUUCUAGAACAUAUAACCGGGAGACAGGCAAGCCAAGACAGCCCUUCUUCCGAGACAGAGCCCUGGGAGGACCUCCCCAGUGACCUGCUACUCUUGCAACAGGAGACGCCAUCUAAGACUUUGAACGGGAAAUGGCAUUUGGUUUCUGAAAAGGGGAGCUACGAGGUCAUCCCAGAGGCGGAUAAAGAUGCGGCUGUUAGUAACCCCCAGAAUGCCUCAGGGCCCUGGGCGGGGAGCGUCCCUCCUCCAAACAAGCAUGAUGGACAUCAGAGUGGCCGCCCAAAGUUUUAUGGCGUUAGACAUAAAUAUCCACGACUCAGGCAGGGAGGGAGGAGCAGCCGACCGAAGAACAGCACCGCUUUAAUCUGGACACGAAGGAAGAAGUUCGCACGCCGCACCCCGUUCUCUCCAAGGAGCUUCCGCCCCCUCGGAGGGGCGGCCGACGGCACGCGCUCCGACUCACGUCCCACGUCCAACGAGUCGUCGCUCCCCGAGCUCCUGCACCAGCCGCUCACCCCUGCGGACCUCAGCCCGGUGGCCUCACGGCCCGACCCCAGUGGGAGCCCCCCGAACGGCACCGGUCAGACAGGCCUCUCGCCGGACGUUCCGUGGACAGCAGCCCCAGAAGAGCGCGACCACCGGCUCCCCCUCCCAGGCCCUGAUCCAACGUACUUCCCUGCAGAGCCCAGGCACGGGCCUUCUCCAGAGCCCGGCCAGGCGUUCAGCUCUGACCUAAGACACCAGCCCUCCCCCGAGGACUCUGGACAAACGUCUCCGUCCUUGGAACUUGAAGUCUGGCAGACGGCCAUCUCCCCGGACCUCACCCACCUGCCCCCGUCUCCAGAGCCCAGUCAGACAAACCUCUCCCCGGGACUCAGCCUGAAGACUCUCUCUCCUGACCUCGGCCAGACAACCCUUGCCCCUGACCUUGGUCAGACAACCGUUUCCCCUGACCUUGGUCAGGUGGCCCUCUCCCCAGACCUCAGCCAAGAUGCUCUCUCCCCAGACGUCAACCAGACGACCCUCUCCCCAGACCUCAGCCAGGAAACUGACUCCCCAGACCUCAGCCAGGAGACCCUCUCCCCAGACCUCGGCCAGGAGACCCUCUCCCCAGACCUCAGCCAGGAGACCGACUCCCCAGACCUCAGCCAGACGACCCUCUCCCCAGACCUCGGCCAGGAGACCCUCUCCCCAGACCUCAGCCAGGAGACUGACUCCCCAGACCUCGGCCAGGAGACCCUCUCCCCAGACCUCAGCCAGGAGACUGACUCCCCAGACCUCGGCCAGGAGACCCUCUCCCCAGACCUCAGCCAGACGACCCUCUCCCCAGACCUCGGCCAGGAGACCCUCUCCCCAGACCUCAGCCAGGAGACUGACUCCCCAGACCUCGGCCAGGAGACCCUCUCCCCAGACCUCACCCAGACGACCCUCUCCCCAGACCUCGGCCAGGAGACUGACUCCCCAGACCUCGGCCAGGAGACCCUCUCCCCAGACCUCAGCCAGACAACCCUCUCCCCAGACCUCGGCCAGGAGACCCUCUCCCCAGACCUUGGCCAGACCACCCUCUCCCCAGACCUCACACAGACGACCCUUCCUCCUGCUGUCUGGCAGACAUCAGCCCCUCCAGACCUUGAUCAGACACCCGACACUUCUGAACCUGCUCAGACUGUUCCUUAUUCAGACUUCGGUCACUUGCCAUCUCCUCAACCGUCUCCUCCACGAAAUGACACUUUUCUAACAAAGGAGUUUAACCUACCGUUUGUGCUUGGCUUCAGCGGAGACGACGGAGAUUACAUUGAGAUGAUACCAAGCGAGAGGGAAGAGAGCGAUGAAAACGACUCUUACGAAUUUGGCCACGUGGCCUAUGACGACCCCUACCAAACCGACACGAGGACGGACGUGAACUCCUCCAGAAACCCGGACAGCAUCGCAGAAUGGUACCUCCGGAGCAACAACGGGAACAGGAAAUACUAUUAUAUUGCUGCUGAAGAAAUAUCCUGGGACUACUCAAAAUCUGCACAAAGUGAAACGGACGGUGAAGACGAUGAUGUCGUUCCGGAAGGCACCGUGUACAAGAAAGUCGUUUUCCGCAAGUACCUCGACAGCACCUUUACCCAGCGGGACCCUCGGGGAGAGUACGAAGAGCAUCUGGGCAUCCUUGGUCCUGUUAUUAGAGCUGAGGUGGACGACGUUAUCCAGGUGCGCUUCAAAAAUUUAGCAUCCAGACCGUAUUCUCUGCACGCCCACGGGCUGUCCUACGAGAAAUCAUCGGAGGGGAAGACUUACGAAGACGACUCCCCCGAGUGGUUCAAGGAGGACAACGCGAUCCAGCCCAACCGCAGUUACACCUACGUGUGGCACGCCACGGGGAGGUCGGGGCCCGAGAGCCCCGGCUCCGCCUGCCGGGCCUGGGCCUACUACUCAGCCGUGAACACGGAGAAGGACAUCCACUCGGGCCUGAUAGGUCCCCUUCUGAUCUGCCGGAAAGGGACGCUUCACAAGGAGAGCAAGAUGCCCGUGGACACGCGAGAAUUCGUCCUACUCUUCAUGGUCUUUGACGAGAAGAAGAGCUGGUAUUACGACAAGAAACCCCAAAGGUCCUGGAGACGCACGUCCUCCGAAGUAAAACACUCCCAUGAGUUUCAUGCCAUCAACGGGAUGGUCUACAACUUGCCCGGCCUGAGAAUGUAUGAGCAGGAGUGGGUGAGGCUGCACCUGUUGAACUUGGGCGGCUCCCGAGACAUCCACGUGGUCCACUUCCAUGGCCAGACCUUGCUGGAAAACGGCACGCGGCAGCACCAGUUAGGGGUCUGGCCGCUCCUUCCCGGUUCAUUUAAGACGCUUGAAAUGAAGGCAUCCAAACCAGGCUGGUGGCUCCUGGACACACAGGUCGGAGAAAACCAGAGGGCAGGGAUGCGAACGCCCUUUCUCAUCGUGGACAGAGAAUGCAGGAUGCCGAUGGGGCUGAGCACGGGCGUCGUGGCGGACGGACAGAUCAAGGCGUCUGAGUUUGUGGGUUCUUGGGAGCCCAAAUUAGCAAGAUUAAACAAUGGUGGAUCGUAUAAUGCUUGGAUGACAGAAAAAAUGUCAGAAUUUGACACUAAACCUUGGAUCCAGGUGGACAUGGAAAGGGAGGUCCUGUUCACGGGGAUCCAGUCCCAAGGCGCCAAGCACUACCUGAAGUCCUACUACACCACCGAGUUCCGCGUGGCCUACAGCUCCGACCGGACCAACUGGCAGGUUUUCAAAGGGAACAGCACGAGGAACGUGAUGUAUUUUGAUGGCAAUUCGGAUGCCUCUUCGGUAAAAGAAAACCGGUUUGACCCACCAAUCGUGGCCAGGUACAUCAGGGUCUACCCAACCCGGUUCUUCAACAGACCCGCCCUUCGGCUGGAGCUGCAAGGCUGUGAGAUCAACGGCUGCUCCACACCGCUGGGCGUGGAGAGUGGGAAGAUCGAAGACGAGCAGAUCACAGCUUCCUCGUUUAAAACGUCCUGGUGGGGCGGCUCCUGGGAGCCCUUCCGCGCCCGUCUCAACGCCCAGGGCCGCGUGAACGCCUGGCAGGCCAAGGCAAACAACAACAGACAGUGGCUGCAAAUUGAUCUGCUCCAAGUGAAGAAGAUAACGGCGAUCGUCACGCAGGGCUGCAGGUCCCUGUCCUCUGAAAUGUACGUGAAGAGCUACACCGUCCACUACAGUGACGGCGGCGUGGACUGGACACCUUACAGGCAGGGGUCCUCCAUGGUGGACAAGGUUUUCGAAGGAAAUAGUAAUUUCAAGGGACAGGUGAAGAACUUUUUCAACCCCCCGAUCAUUUCCAGAUACAUCCGCAUCAUCCCGAAGACGUGGAACCAGAGCAUCGCGCUUCGCCUGGAGCUCUUCGGCUGCGACCUUGACUAGACUGAGUGUUCGAAGGCACAGGGAGGAGGACUCCUAAGGCUACCACGCCCGUUAGAGGAGGCAUUGCCUUUCAUGGCGGUGUUAAAUUCUCUGCUAGAGAAUACAAUUUUAUAUGUGAAACUUUUAUAAUGUAACUCCUUGCUACCUUUAAGGGAGAUGAUGGCUAUUAUUUUUGCAUUAUUUUAAAUACAAGUGGGAAAAGUUCAAGAACCAAUAGGGAAAGGGCUUCUCUUUCGCAAUGAUUAAGAUGCUAUAUCAAGUAAUAUUCCUGUGGUUAACAUGCUUUGUGAUAGUUCCUUUAAACCCUAAGCACAUUAAUAAGAGAGAUUUAAAAAAAAAAACAUUUCUAGCCUGGGUAGCUGUCCCUCCUACAUUUUUCUUUAAAAAAUAAACAAACGAACACACUGUGAUUUAAAAAAUAAAGGAAACAAAUGAGACUCUUAAAUGGUUAACUUCCCUUGCCAGUGGAGAGAAAAACAACCUCAUCAUAUGAAAUGCUAAGUGCUUAAACUACCCUUCUGAGCUCCAUGGCAAUGACCUUCGGCCCCUCCAUGAGAAAAAACACAAGCACGCCUAUUUUCCGUAGUCCCACUGGCCUCGUGAGUCAGACCGGUCCUGCCUGGGACUGAAGACACGGCACUGCGGUUCAGCACUAGGGGUCAUUAGACACAGAGCGGAAUGCAAAUGGCCAGGGGAGAACUGGACAUGGAAUCUUGGCUUCGUCCUAGCUGGCACUAGCUGGCACGCUGUUUCAAAACACGGGUCGCCUGAGGUGAAGCUGAUCGCUGUAAAGCCAGCACUGGGGCUGUUGUCCCGAGCGCAGCUCUGCUUGCCAGGAGGGGCCCCUGGCCAACUGACUGCGCUGUGCUCCCUCUCUUGAAACUCCCCUUAAUCGUUUUUAACAGUGAGUCCAACCUUUGCAAUUUGCAGUAGGUCCCACAAGUUACGUAGCUAGGCCCAGGUCCCUCGACUGCAGAAAUGGGCAGGGUCUCUUCUGAUCUACCGAGGUAUAAUGGAAGCACCUCAGGCAUGGUCGAGGUAUAAAAUCAUGCCACGUACGAGGUAGGGGAAUUGAUGAGGACGGAGCAUGAGAUCCAACUUCAUUAUUCAAUACACACAAAAAUGAGGCCACAAAGUUUCAAGAACCUGCCUGGGGCUGUUGCCUGUUCCCAUCCGAGCUGAAACCAGAAGCAAGGUGAUUAGACUCCCAGCCCCUCCUUCCCGUCUGGUUUCUCUUUCAUAAAAAUGGAAAUUACAGUGAUUAUGAUUCAUCCUCCCCAAACGGGUAGACAUGAAUGUUAAUUAAUAAGAACUAGUAAUUGAUCUGAAAAGUACUCAUUCGGGGAUCAAUGAAAUGUUUGGGUUAUAGCUGAUCUGUGUCGACAUAUUAAAACCUCUCUUACUUUGAAAUAAAAAUAUGUGUUUGUA